AUGCCAGAAGCUGAUUGGGGCCAACACAAGUCAGCGUGUAGAAAGCUUCAAGCUCGCAAGACUCUUGGGAGAGCCGCUCUGCUUCUCCAAGCCAUCAUGUACCGGAUUCGAUUGCAUGCGUCGCCAUUAUUGUUCAAGUCGGUCCGCAGCGAAGGUUCGAUUAUAUAUCUCCACGGAUUUCAGUUCGAUGGAUUGGACCCUCAACGACAUUUGAAUCCCUUUCCGGUUUCUUUGGACGGCGAUCGAAGCCUCUUCGAGGCAGUUUUGGUGUACAUGGGGUGUACGGAGGCCAUGAUGUACCUUCAUAGCUUUGCUAAGGAGCUUUUGGCUGUGGACACAACCGGGGCGCAAUAUGGGUAUGCGGAUCCUCUAUGUUCCUGGCGUGACUUCGAGCAACACCGGUCGGGCAAAAUCAACAGAGAAUACGAGUUCGGCUACAUUCGUCGCGAGGUCUACCAAUCACUCGAAAUGUACCCUGUGAGACACUUUUUGGCCCAGAAGAUUGAGAAACAGGAGCUUGCCAAAGCGCUUGAAGAGAAUAUUCCUGCAUUGGCUCGGGAGCAUGGAGGCAAGUUGAACGCUAUAUUGAAAGGUUCAGACGCUGCCUUCAAGCAAGCAAGAGAUAGGUUCUUAGACCAGUUCGAGGACUAUCUCGGGGCAUCUAUGACCAAGUUGUACGCUCCGGAGCAGAUGGUGAGAAGGAACAAGGAGGUUGAGCGCCAGCUCUCCCAGAACAUGGCGGACCCUGAUAACCAGAAAAGAUUGGACGGAUUGAUGAGGUUCCUGGUUUCUCAAGAAAUUGAUGACUCUUAA